AUGAAGUUUCUUUGUGCAUUCAUCAACAGAGGCGCUGACAAUGAGAUUAAAAUAGAUCUCUCUGCAAAGCCAAAGCGAACAUCACCUUCAAUUACAUACGUUAUACCAAUGAUUACACUGUGCAAUGCCACGAUAGAUUUAUCAUUGGAGUUCGAUGAGUUCAAAGAAUUCAAUGAAUUCCCUCAUGAUUUCCAUUUCAUCCCAAGCGAUUGUUAA